GCUUAGAGGGGAAACCCAGCCUUUAAAAGUUUCAUUUCAUUCAGAACAGAAUCUCUCACCAGACUCCUCGCUCCUCGGACAUCUCCAACCUGAAAGGAUGACCAGCUCGAAAUCUUCUCAGACUACUCGUAAUGUGGUAAUCGCCUUUCUGGCUCUGUGGUCAAUCAUCUCGCUUAUCAUUAUUGUGGUGUGGGCCACUUCGCCUGAGAUGAAAGGAGCCAGUCAGUGUCGAGCAGACAUGCAAGACCUUAAGGAGAAGUAUGAAGGGGCAAAAGUGGUGUGGACCAAAGACAGAAAAGCUUUGGAGGAGCUGGUGAGGCAGGGGUGGAGGAACCAGACUGUCCUACAGAAGCAAAUCGACCAAUCUAAGGAGCAAAUACAUGCUCUGAACCUUUCUUUGAAUGUCAGCCUUGUAGAAAAUGCCAUCCUGAAUGACAACAUCACCACUUUGGAGAACAAAAUUGAAGAAUACAAGUUCAUCGAGGGAAACCUCACUGAAGAAAUCAAUCUGCAGAAAGACCUGAUUGACGCCCUGGAGCACAAUUUGACUCUGAAGGCUCAGGAGUUGGCGUCUUGUGAGGCUUUACAGCUUGCUUCUAAACAGCUCCAAACUGCUGCAGAGAAACAGAAACAGGCCUGCGAGACCACCAAGCAAUAUUUACAGAAGCAACUGAAUAAGUGCAAAAAUGUGGAGCAACAUGAUGAAUUUCAUGAAUAUCAUGUUCAACCUAAUGACAGCGGAGCCCAGGACAUCACCAAAAGUAGCAUGACACUGGCUGUGAUUGUUUGCCUCAGUCUGCUUUUGGUUCCAUAGACGAGAGGAAGGCUGGAGGUUGGAAUAUUUGGGUACAUGUUAUCGGUGCAACACUGUUCUGAGGACACCACUCUGGUGCACUUGUAACCCUGGACUUGAAGCGCAUUUAAAUCUACAUUUGGAAUGAGAUCGCUGAUCCAGAAUUGAUGACAAUAUAGGAAACGCUGAUGGAAACGAUUAUGAUAAUGAGUACUUUUGGUAAUGAGCAUGUAAAAGUGAUCUGACAACAUGGACAUCUGACAGAAAGGAAAAAUUAUUCAACAAAUGUAUGCUGUACUUCAUUGGUGGUCAUUCUUGCAUUAGUAUUUUUUUCGUAUUAUUUUGGAAAACUGAUUUUAGAGUCUAGACAUUUCAGAAAUGUAUUUAUUUUUAUUUGGAGUAACCAGGCCUAUUUGCCAAAGAGAUAUUAAUGUUCAGAGCUUUUCAGAAAUUUGAUCGCACUGUUUUACCACUGUCUUUUUUAUUUUAAAGAAAUUUAUGAGAACUUAUUGAAAGAUGUUUUUGAAUAAAGAUACAUUGUUGACUCUCUGA